CUCUAUUAAGUCCAUGUAUGUCAGUCGUAGCUGUUAGGUUCUCGACAGGCGUGUUGUUGGAUAGACCGCUGGGAUUUCGAUUGUCCGUGUUUUUGUACUUACAGUUAUUGGACGGAAAAUGAAAAUCAAUUGCGCGUUGUUCCUCGUGUUUGCCGUAGCGUCGAACGCCCAGUUGCGACCACCUCGACCUCCGCCCGGAAAUGGUGAUCCUCUCAGUCGCAAUCCGCCCAUUGCGCCCAAUCCGGUACCGGUACCGAUGACGGUGGAGGCCGAAGUUGUCGAAGCUAAUGAGGUUAAAUCUAUCGACCAAGUUUCUCCAACUCAAAUCGUCGUUUCCCAGCUGCCAUCGUUUCCUUCUCCGCAACCAGGUGUUACCGUUCCUCGUCCCGACGGUUGUUCGCCCGGAUGUGGAGCAAACGAGAUCUGUGCCAAGCUGGGGGACAGCUACUGCCGCAUGGGGCAGGCCUGUUCAGUCUGCAUCAGAAUGGACUCCAUUCGUAUCCCGACACCAGCCCUUGCAGCCAUCUUUUCUAGCCAGAAGGCUGUGUCUCAUUCCCCCUCGCCAUCGUCGGAACCAACAAUUUCACCGUUCGAUCUGUACGGCACAGUUUCGUUUCAAGGAGUCGAUGGUCGUUCUUUUGUGCGUGAGGUUCCUAGAGAUACAAUCUUUAAACCUGUUGCGGAUGCAAGUGGCACUAUAACAGGACGGGUUGAGAAGUAUGUACGGGGAGAUGCAUCAACUUACAGUAGUGCGUUCGGUCAAAAUGGUGGGGAUCCAGCAAUAUAUGGUGGUGAUCCGUCUGCGCGCGGUAGUAAUACAGGUCAAUAUGGUAGUGAAUUAGACAAAUACGGCGGUGAAGUAUAUAAUAGUGCUUACAGUCCAAGUAGUGGAGAUACAGCAAUGAAUGGUGGCAAUCCUUCACAAUACGGCGGAGGAUCUUCUCUGCGCGGUAGUAAUGCACGGCAAAAUGGUUGGGAUCCAUCCGCGUAUGUUGCUGAAAAUGCAAAACACGGUGGUGGUCAAACAUCGUAUGGUAGUGAUACAGGACAGUACAGUGGUGAUCCAGUGGCGAAUGGAGCUGAGAACGGGCCAUAUGCUGCGCCAUCAAAAGGAUAUCCUAGUGAUCCGCAAAUCCGGGACCGAGGUUCUCUGACUGUUGGUGGAGAGUUCGGUCCAGUAAGUUCGUCCGUUGGAGUAGAAGAGAUGGGAUACGUCAGGGGCACUUCUUUAAUAGAGCGAAUGACUGGCAGUCAAUCAAGCCUCUCGCCCAUGUCAUCAUCUGAACCAGGUUUGGAGUACUCGGUGGCCCAACAACAGCAGCAGCGACAACGAAACGACGAAUUAAAGCAGAAGUUGGUCGCCUUACAAAAUUUGAUGAGACAAAAUAAAUCACUCUCGGGCGUUUCGAAUUCGUUACACGACUCAAUAAUUGCAACGGCACAAAAAGUUGCGUCACAGACUAGCCAAGACUUGCCGAGCAUUCUGCAACCGAAAGACUCUGGCCAUUGGCCACAAGAAUACGUACCGGAACCAAUUGGAUUAACCGGUGGCAAUAACAGACAGGCUAACAAACAGUCCAAUCUUCUCUCAAAGUUGGAGCGGAUUAGACAAAAAUCAACCGCAUCACAGCUUCCAUCCGACAUCCAGAUGGAAAGAUAUCUACAAAGGUUGGCCACAGCUGAUACCUCAGCUGGAACAUUGAAAGCUGUAGACACAUCGACUGCAUCGGGAUUUAAUCCUGGUCAAGCGAAUCUUGGUCAAUUGAAUCUUGGCCAACCGAACGUUGUAGAUUACACUUCAUGGCUGCAAUUCCAACAGAUGAAGCAAACUCAAAACAAUACGAACGGAACAGCAGACCUCACAAACGGCAAUAUAAACGAACUGUGGCUGCAGUUCAACAACUUCGUGAAACAAAAGAAUCAGCCUGGUACUGUUGCUGGAUCAACUUCCGGAGUCAACCCAUCGGUCCUUGCAGUCAAUACACAGACGUAUGUACCUACCCAGCAGCCAGCAGUUAACAGCGAUCCGUUUUUUGGAGAUAUGUUUGGACCCAGUUCAACAAACUCAUUAUAUCCAAUGUGGCCAAUGUUCGACAUGCCAUUAUUUGGGUUUGGCUUCUUCUAGAUAAGAAGUCUGGUGUCGACACUGGCAUUAGUGAACCGUGUACCGGAUCGUAGAGUAGGAACCACGUGUGACUCGCACGGGGAAUCUUAUUUCGGGACAUUUUUAUAUUUUAUUUUCGAUUAAAUAAAUACUGUAAUUUGGUACGAUUCUGAUUUGUUAACCGUUACGAAAAAAGUAAACUUUAAAGAAACACAUGUGUACAUUUUAAAAUGUAUACUUUAGCAUUAUUAUCAACUGUGCGUGCAAUUAAUUAUUAACGUUUGCAUGUUUCGUUGAACGAAAUGACAACGAAGCUUAUGUUUGCCGUGUAAGACAAGAUGUUUCGAAUCGAACUUCAUUGUGCACUUAAGGCAUAGGGUGUAUAUACUGUUUUAAGGAAUUAUAAUAAAAUAUUAUUGUGACAUUACAAAAUGUAUAGAGUGCCAUGUAUGUCUAUUCAACCCCAAAAAGUCCGAAUUGCAUUGAAUAGCAUACGAUUUGUACACCUGACUGUUUGGCACACACUUGCAUUGUUUUAUGGUAGAUUAAAAUACGUGUAUACAUUUAUCCUAUUUAGAUCGUAUAUACUUAAUAAAUUACUCAAAUGACAAAAGGA